UUAUAAAUACUUCAGAGUAAUCCCUUACACUGCAAAAAAAAAUUUUAUGUGAUAUUCUCUUCUCUUUACUUCAAUCUACAAACAAACAUGACAGUAAGUACUUUUACACAAGAGUACAAGUGCCCGAUUGCGGCUCCGCGCAUGUUUAAUGCCCUGAUCUUAGACUCCAACAAUCUGUUUCCAAAACUGUUUCCACAAUAUAUCAAAAGCAUCAACGUGAUUCAAGGUGAUGUUGGAGCUGCUGGAAGCAUUGAGCAAAUCAACUUUACUGACGGUACUCGAUUCAAAUAUGUGAAGCAUCGAAUUGACGAAAUCGAUGAAAAGAACUUGGCGUGCAAGUAUACCAUGAUUGAAGGAGAUGCAUUAGGAGAUAAGCUUGAGUCUAUUGUUUAUGAGGUCAAAUUUGAGGUAGAUAGUGAUGGUGGCGGUUGCAUCUGCAAGAUGACGAGCCAUUACCACGUGGUGGGGGAGUCUGAGAUCAGAAAAGAGGAAAUUGAGGCUAGCAAAGAUAAAGUUGCCGGAAUUUACAAGAUGGUGGAGAACUACCUCUUGGAUAACCCUCAAGUCUAUGCAUAGUUUAAUAAUUAUUCUUCAGUUUGUCUAUCUGUUCUAGAUCUCUAAGCAUGUGUGUUGUUUCUCUUGUGACAUGUCGCUAUGAAUUUCUUUUCCGGGAUCCAUGUAUACCAAUGAAUUCCCACUUUUAUCAGUGAAAAUAAAGGGCAAUGCCCCAGUGCAUCAAGAUUUUGACAAA